GUUAUCGUCUCUCGACGAGGACUGGCAUCAUCAUCCAGUAUCCAGUAAGCACCCCGCGAUAAACCGACGACAUGUGUGCACCGGUCGACCGCGAAGAAGGCGAUCGUAGAAUGUGUACAUUUCCGUCGAAUGGAUAUCCUUCCAGGAAGAUAUUGACCAUGCGUUUGGAUAAUCGCGACAGUUAAUUAUACGAUUUGAACCCGAAGACUGAAAGACUGAAGCCGUCCACAAAUGUCGUGUCGUCCCUUCUCGCCGCUCUCUUCUCGAACGCCGCGCUCCAAGAAGACUGACGACUGACGUCUGUUUCAAAAUCAGUUUGAGCUGUCAGGAGGCUUAUAUACCAAAUCGGACGUCUCUGACCGAGUCAUAAGUCAUCCGAAUCUUGUUUAAUCCUGGAUAUUUUUGAUGCGCAUGUGUAUAGCGGAUCUGAAUUAUUCAGAGAGAGAAAUCGCCAUCUCAGAGAUUAUAAGUGUGAAAAUUAAUUUCACAUGCACGUACGCGAUAUUUGAAUUCAUCUUUGACUGCAGACAUUUACCGAGACAGAAUGGUACCAGCGAGAUUUUCGAGGAGGUCGGCGCAUCGAUUUUCGUAACGUGGCACAUGACUGGCUCGAUGACUGUGCAUCAUUAUUGCGCACUUUAUUAUUGCGUCGGUGGUCGUCGUCAUAUAUAUAAGAAAAGUACUUAUUCCAGAUAUAUUCUUAGUGCGACUGUACGUUGCGUUCCAAAUUUAUAUUGUGCUAAUUAUACACGUCUCGUCGUCGCUCAGUUUGUUACGAGAGACAAAGAAAGAUCACGGUGAUUGCAGCGAUUGCGGAAGUUAUUGUGUAAUUCGCAAAUGAUAAACUGACAAUACGAAGAAGUUAGUUUGAUAAAUCGAAUUUUUUUCGAGUAUCAGCGCUAAAAUUUUGCGAUGUUAUUGAAGCGAAAAGAAACUAUCCGUGCUAGAUAGUUCUCGAAUACACGGAAAACCCGAAAAUAGAUCGAGUAGAAGCGAUAUACAAUAUCGCAGUAUUACCAUCCUUCCGGGAAAAAAUUGUGCUACGGACGAAGCUGUGAAGCGCGAGCAUGACUUGACUCAAAGAGACGUUAUUAUAUAAGAUCUCUCUUCGAUAUAUCACGGAAUCGGACGAGAGAAUUAGAUGAGCGAUCAUAAGUGUCGCGCGUAAUCAUCAGCAGAAUUUUGUAUAGAGAAAAAGAGAGAAAGAGACUACAAAUCCAUGAACAGAAGAAGAAUACGGACGAGAAAACCGGAUCAUCGUCUCCUGACGGACGAGAAGAAGAAAAGGACGGAUUGUACGGAUGUUUUCCUGUCGGACCUACAGAGUCGAUUGAAAAAUGACAAUGUCCUGCGGUGGAUGAAGGUGCGACGACGGAGAUUGAGGAAGAAAAGAGGCGCGAGAUGUACAGACGUCAGGAUAAUUCGGCGAGCGACGGUGGUGCGAGUCAGGUGCCACCGUGGCUCGUUCGCGCGGAAGUCACGAUCCGCCAUGGCGACACGGUGACCUCCGAGACCGUGCAAAUGCCGCCGGGUACUACCACGACCGCCGACGCGGGUGGCAUCCGCAUGAUAUGUCGCUGGAACACGAGCGAACCGUCGAACUCGACGACGCCAACCACCGAAGCGUUUCCGUCAUCUUCGGGCGGCUUUGGUUUUCAACGGGGGAAUAUAUUAUUCACGUCCACGCCACCCGAGAGACCGUCCCAGAGAUCGUCAGACGACAGAUCCUACACUCUACCGCGCUCAAGCUCAUCGGGCAACGACGAUUCGUCCAGAGGCCGAGCCAACGAUUCUGGCUACAAUAGCGAACGGUUCUCGUCGCGCGCCUACUCCAGUCUACCCGCUCGACGUUCGUCUCACAAUCAGCAGUAUGAUCGUCGGUGUAAGAGCACGUGUAGGAUUGUACUUUCCACCGCGAAUCCUGAGAAAAGCGCGAGUUCUGCCGAAUCCGUCGAUUCCUGGCAACGUCGACCCUCGUACCAACGCUUUUCCCAACAACAAUUCAGCGCGGUUCCAGAAGUCUGCGAGGAUUGCGCGGAAGGAAGCGCCUCGAGCUUCACCACGCACUUUUGCACCCGUGUUGCGGAAAAGACCGCGAGUAGCCGGGCCACCGCGAUCAGUAGAGACGCGGCAUCGCAAACCACCGACAUCGAAUCGACGCGUUCUUCGUCGACCGUAAAGAGUAGCAGAGUUGGGAGGAGAUUAGGCGCUGGUGCUUACAAAUCUAACGAGCAGAAAAAGAAGGAGCAGGAAGUUCGAUCGUCUCCAGCAUCGGUUGAGACCACCAGUUCCGUUCCUCCCGUAGAUACAGAAAAAUCAGACUCCUCUGCGAAAGAGAACAGCAGUGACAAGCGCAAGUCACGGACGGUACAUAUCGACGUGUACUGCACAGGAUCCGACGAUGACGCCAGUACAAACACGACCAGCGAGGAUGAGCGCGGCACACCCAUGACCGUCUUUGAGAACGAGGACGUCAAAGUCACUCACACGCAGGCGACGGAUAACUUACCGCGGGGAUUUCAGGACGCGAACGCGUUUCUGAAGCGCAGCGCCGAGCGACGAUGCGCGAGCUUCCGAAACGCACCGAUGAGGAUGCCCUCGUUGGCUAGUUCAAAGGGGUACGACAGCGACGAAAUGCUGAGCUCCCUUUAUCCUUCGCGAUUUAGUUCGUACAGCGGGAUACGAGACCUAGAUUCCGCCCCAUGUUCUGCGGCGUCAUCCAGUACGGCUCUCUCUCCGUACGAUUCAACGACUAUGACGUCAUCGAAGGACACGUUUUCAGAUAUCGAGUCCUUGAUCAACAGCAAAUCCGGCUUGACACCUUGUGAUAGCUUCGAAUACGCCAAUUCCGCGGAUCGCGAUAGAAUACGUAGAAUGGAUAUUUUGGCGAAAACCGGCGAUGAGAAAAAAAGGACUUGGCGAUCGCCGCAAAUCGAACGGAAGCAUCUCCUACAAAAUAGGAAGAUGAGAGAGUACUUGGAGAAACACGAGAUAGGUUGGUCGUCUGGGGAAAGUGCCGAGGAUUCCGAUGAGAGUGAAGCAGUCGGUUGGAAUUUCAUAGCCGGUGAUGACAAGUCACUCGUUAAAAAAGAUUCGAUCGUACGUCGAUGCGCGAGCAAGGAUCAAACGGAGGAAUCCAACGCGACACGCGGCAAUUACGUUCCGUAUUCGAAUGUUCUACGCGAUCGUAUCGGUCCCUUUGGAUCCAAGAGCCCGUCUCCUCUCCCUUCGACCAUACCCUCCCGCGUAACGUCUCCCUUUGCUACGCCAUACGGAGAAAGAACUGAUCAUAUCAUAAAAGCUUCAAGAUUUGGAACGGUAGUCAGUGCGUUUCGAAAGCCCGGUCAUCAUAUAGGUCCGUCGAAAAAUCCAACGUGUACAUGCGAACAUUGCCGAAGAUACUUCGAGGAAAGAGGAGCGAGAGGACGGGCCUAUUCGUUGAACGAACUUGAACGUCAUCCGGCAUUCAAAUCGCAAAAAGAGUGAUAUCUGAUAUUUCGCGAUAGCUGUUGAAGAUUUGAAAUAUAUCGAUUCUUUAGGCUUUACACAAGCUUUCCAUUUUAUUUAUUUAUAUUGUAAGAUAUUUGUAUGCGGUAUAUUGCGUUCCAUCGUUUACGGUUAUUGAAGGACACUGUAAAUUUGUAUAUUGUGAUUUGUGUGUUUAAUUUAUAUUUCUCUUGAAAUAUAUUCCGUAUAUUAUAGCUUUUUUAUCUAAAUUAUUACGAAAGGACUGUUAAACACAUUCUGUGUUGAAAAUUGAGCAUUUAUACAAAUUAACAAGGAUGUAUAUAUUGAUUGCGCUGUUAAUAAAUAUUAACUAUGUUGAA